GCAGGAGGAAAACCAAACUUGGACGAACCAAAGACGUCCAAACCAGCAAGUCAACACCUCUGCUCCCAGAUUGAAAAGAGUUUUACCAAGUCAGGAAGCCUGAAAAUACAUGAGGGAAUACACACAGGGCAGAAGCCCUUCCUUUGCUCCCAGUGUGGGAAGAGUUUUAAGCGGUUAGACACCCUCAAAGCUCAUGAGCGUAUUCACACAGGGGAGAAGCAUUUCCAUUGCUCCCAAUGUGGGAAAAUUUUUAAGCGGUUACUCACCCUCAAAGCUCAUGAGCGUAUACACACAGGGGAGAAGCCUUUCCAUUGCUCUCAGUGUGAGAAGAGUUUUAAGCGGUUAGACACCCUCAAAGCUCAUGAGCGUAUACACACAGGGGAGAAGCCUUACAAAUGUUCAGACUGUGGGAAGAUAUAUUACUCAUCACACUCACUUAAAAGUCACGUGAGAAUUCACACAGGGGAGAAGCCUUACCUCUGCUCCCUAUGUGGAAAGAGUUUUAGUCACUUUGGAAACAUGAAAGCUCAUGAGCGAAUACACACAGGGGAGAAGCCUUACCACUGCUCCCAGUGUGGAAAGACUUUUAACUAUUCGGGAAACCUAAAAGAGCACAUGAGACUGCACACAGGGGAGAAGCCUUACAAAUGCUCAGACUGUGGGAAGACCUAUUAUUCUUCACAGUCACUUAAAAUUCAUGUGAGAAUCCACACAGGGGAGAAGCCUUACCACUGCCCCCAGUGUGGAAAUAAUUUUAGUCACUUAGGAACCCUGAAAGUUCAUCAGCGACUACACACAGGGGAGAAGCCUUACCACUGCUCCCAGUGUGGAAAGAGUUUUGGCCAAGUAGGAACCCUGAAAGCUCAUGAGCGAAUACACACAGGAGAGAAGCCUUACCACUGCUCCCAGUGUGGAAAGCGUUUUAACCAUUCGGGAAAGCUGAAAAAACAUGUGAGAAUUCACACAGGAGAGAAUAAUUACUUCUCCUUGACUUCUUAAAAUGCAUCAGAGAACAUACACAGUGCUCCCAGUGUCUUUAAUUGUUGACUGAGAAUGUGUUUUCUUGUUUAUACCAUAUGAAUUUAAAUUGUACAAUGUAUACUCAAAAAAAUAUAUUUGUGUGUUUUUGUUGGAAAACAUGAAUUGAAUAUGGAGUACAGUGGUUCGUCCUUUAAAAGUUGCAGCGUACUGCAGCACAGCUUGCAUGGUGCCACAGAAUUCUAUGGCAUGUUAUUUACGUGUCAACCACUAUCACCAAUAAUGCUAGUAAGUGCUAGUUUGACCACCAGAGGGCACCUUUGAGAAGCGUUUGAUUGCCUUCAAUAGUGGCUGUACUAGAGAAUUUAAAACGUAUUUUUGUAAGAACAAUGUAAAUGGGACUGAUAUCAAGAAAUGUUUCUUUAUUAAUUUCAUAAUUAAACUGUUUAUGACUGGGGUUCCGCCCACCAGAAAGAGACUGCUAUGGCAUCAACAGCACAAUAUUGUAUAGAGGACUGAGGGUCUUCACAAUAUUGUACAUUAAAAGUGUAUAUGGUUACCAUUGUUAUUUUCAAUUUUUUCCCCCAAUUUUUUUUUGGGGGGGGGGGUGUGUUAGAACAGAAUUUUAGUAUUUUGUAUAUAGUUAUUUGCAUCCAAAUGUAUCACUGUACCAAUUUAACCAAUAGGGUACAUUUGGGCAACUUGUGUGGGACACCUGGGUGACUUCAUGCUCAAUGUCAUGUUGCACAAAUACUGUUGCCCUCUUAUGUUCUUCUUUGAAAUUAUCCCCAGCAUCAUAUCUGAAUGUUUGGCUGUUCUUGUUCAUUUGAAAGAUGCAACAAAA